AUGACCAACCCUGGCCGGGAACCACCACCACCACCUCCUCUUCCGACUGCACCUCUCGUCGGCGGACCAACCCUUCCCAUGGCUACCGCCAGCCAGCCCUCUUCUACCCUUGUCCUUCCUUCUCCCCUCUCUUUCAGCGACACCAUUACCGAUAUCACUCCCUUCAUCCCCAUUGUUCUGGACCUAAACAGCCACAACUACUAUCAUUGGCACCAUCUCUUUGAGAUUCAUCUUGGUCGUUGCUCUCUUCUCCACCACAUCUCCGGCGACGUGCCUCCCGCUCCUAGCGAUCCCCGCUGGGUCAAGGACGACCUCGCUAUCAUCCAGUGGUUAUACACACGCAUCUCGACCGAGCUUUUCAACCUUGUGGUCACCGACGGCGCCACCGCACGCGAUAUCUGGGCCGAACUCCGCCGGCUCUUUCAGGACAACCGUGAUGCUCGGGUCUCCGCCCUCAACACGGAACUCCGCACGAUCACGCAGGGCGACCGCCCCGUGGGGGUCUUCUGUCAGCGCAUCAAGGCGAUCGGCGACGAGCUUCGGGAGCUGGCGGUUUGCACAGCAGGCGACCCUCAUCCCUCUCCUCCGCCCGCUGCCCACGCUCGCCGAGGCCCGCUCCAUGCUUCAGAUGGAGGAGUAGAACCAGGCGCGCAAGGCCAGCGUCCCGCGUCUCUUUCACGCCACCACGCGCCCUGCUGCAUCGGCUCCUGCCCCGACUCCAGCCGCGCCUCCCGGGUCGUCCCCAACACAGCCGCCCCCUGGGUGGCGCCCAAGCCCAAACUACAAGGGCAAGAACCCCGUCUACCGUCCUCCUCAGCCGCGCUCGUCCGGGGCAUCCUCGUCCUCCUCUGCGCCGCCACCUGCAUCAUCAUCGGGGCCUGCGCCGGCCCCGCCCGCGUCUUCACCACUGUGGCGCCCUUCGCACGAUCCUUGGACCGGGCUCGUCCAGGCCUGGUCGAUGCCGUGGUCUGCGCCCUCUCCCUAUGGCGCCCCUCCUGCGUACGGCGGCGCCUGGACGCCACCUGGCAUGCGCCCUCAGCUCGGUGCCCCGGGGCUCCUUGGGUCGCAGCCUCCGCCGCAAGCCUACCCGGCGUAUGUGCCUCUCUAUCAGGCUUCGCCCCCGCCAACGGCUCCAUCAGCGUACCACUACGGGGGCCCCUCUGCCUCACCUUGGGAUCAGGCGCCGCCCGCGCCUGCUGCUGCAUCACCAUGGGGUCAGGCGCCGGCGGCGGCUCCUACCGCUGCCUCAUCCUCUACACCGACCGUGCCGACCUGGGACUAGGCUGCCUUCCUCGCGGCCAUGAAUUCGCUUACCACCCAAGACACAGGAUCUUCGCAGCAAGAAGGUGAUCGCUCGGUUCAAUAGUUCUGACGACCUAUACACUGUCCGUGGCGUCGCUUCAUCACCGUCCGUCCACGCCAUGGUCGCUUCCAUCUCACUUUGGCAUCGACGGUUUGGACACCCCAACAGCGCCACCACGACCACUCUUCUUCGCGAGUUCCAGUUACCACAUGUUCGUGAGGCUCAUGACUCUGCCUUGUGUCAAACCUGUCAAAUGGGCAAGCAUGUUAGAUUGCCCUUUAGUUCUUCUACUACUCGUAGUUCUUUCCCUUUCGAAUUGCUACAUUGUGAUCUAUGGCAGUCCCCUGUCCCUAGUGUUUCCGGUUUUAAAUUCUAUCUUGUAAUCGUGGAUGACUACUCGCAUUUCACCUGGACCUUUCCUCUUCGCUUCAAAUCUGACGUGCACACUGUAUUUGUCAAUUUCCAACGCUAUGUGUAUACUCAUUUCUCUCUUCCCAUUCGUUUUCUUCAGUGUGACAAUGGGCGAGAAUUCAACAACACUCGCAAUCGUGAUUUUUUUUCUUCAUCACGGCAUCCUUCUCCGCUUCUCGUGUCCCUAUACUUCUUCUCAAAAUGGAAAGGCUGAACGAUCCCUCCGUAGCAUCAACGACAUCCUACGCACUCUUUUACUCCAAGCUUCCAUGCCACCACAGUACUGGGUCGAAUCCCUUCGUCAUGCCACCUUUCUUCUCAAUAUUCGACCCACUACCACAUGCCCCAAGUUCUCUCCAUACGAAUCUCUCUUUCUUUCCCCUCCUGCCUAUUCCGACCUUCGCAUAUUUGGUUGCUUGUGCUUUCCAAAUCUCUCCGCCACCACAAUCCACAAACUUGCCCCGCGAUCAUUGCCUUGUGUUUUCCUUGGCUAUUCCGACGAUCAUCGUGGCUAUCGCUGCCUCCAUCUUCCCUCUAGUCGGAUCAUCAUCUCUCGCCAUGUCACGUUCGACGAACACACGUUUCCCUUCGCAGAUACACGCUCUGACAGUCCCUCCUCCCCCCUCUCAAAUACUCAUGCUCAGGCCACACCGCUCAGGCCUUCCCGGAUCGACGUGCAUGCCGUGCAUGGCACUGUUCACGUCGAUCGGCCGCCAUCCGGCCACUCGCCACCCACCGCUGCUCACCCCACGUCGCUUUCUCCCACUACCCCACCAACCCCACACACUGCAACACCACCAGGUCCACCCCAUGCAUCCCCCCGACCCCACCGCAUGCAGCCACACCGGACCCGUGCCGUGCAGCCACCUCUGUCACACCCAUAAACAACUCCUCUCCCUCCCCCUGCCCCACCACUCUGCUUCUUCUUCUACCUCUCGCUCCAUCGCUCCUCCCCUCCCACCUCGCACCGUUCCCGUUCCUGCGCCUGACAAUGCCCACACCAUGCGCACCCGCAGCAAAGCUGGUUUCAGUCUUCCUCAACGUCGCCUCAACCUCACCGCCUCCGUCUCCUCGCCCCCUAUCUCACCAAUCCCUACUUCCUACAAAGCAGCCUUGCUUGAUCCGCACUGGUUCCAACCCAUGAGGGACGAACACGACGCACUCCUCCAGAAUCAUACCUGGUCUCUUGUUCCCCGUCCUCCCGGCGCCAAUGUUGUCUCGGGGAAGUGGGUUUUUCGCCACAAAUUCAACUCUGACGGCUCGCUCGCGCGCUAUAAAGCCCGCUGGGUUUGUCGCGGCGACUCGCAGCAACCUGGUAUUGAUUUCGACGAGACUUUCUCUCUGGUGGUUAAACCCAGUACCAUUCGUGUCGUGCUUAGCCUCGCGGUCUCCUCAGCUUGGCCGAUCCACCAACUUGACGUGAAAAACGCUUUCCUCCAUGGAUCUCUCAAUGAAACCGUGUACUGUCGGCAGCCCCUCGGGUUUUCUCAUCCCACCUAUCCUGAUCAUGUUUGCCGUCUGCAGAAAUCGCUCUACGGCUUAAAACAGGCUCCGCGUGCUUGGUUUCAACGUUUUGCUGCGUUCCUUCACACCAUUGGUUUCCUCCCUUCUCGGUCUGACUCCUCUCUCUUUAUCUUCAAAACGGAUGCUCACGUUGCGUAUCUUUUUUUAUACGUUGACGACAUUGUCCACACUACCUCUUCACCCUCCUUUCUUGAGCACGUCAUUUCCUCUCUCCGGGCGGAAUUCUGCAUGACAGACCUCGGGCACCUCCAUCAUUUCCUCGGGAUCGCUGUUUCCCGCUCUUCUUCGGGACUCUUUCUGUCUCAACGACAGUACGCCCUCGACAUCCUCUCCAAGGCUGGGAUGCUCGACUGCCAUCCGACGCGCACUCCUGCUGAAACAGGCUCGAAACUUUCUUCCGGUGGUGACCCUGUCCCCGAUGCCACUCUUUACCGUAGCCUCGCCGGAGCCUUGUAGUACAUGACCCUCACUCGCCCUGAGCUCGCCUACUCUGUCCAGCAGGCUUGUCUCUUCAUGCAUGAUCCCUGUCUCCCGCACCUCAAACACAUCCAUCGCAUCCUCCGCUACCUCAAGGGCACCCUAGACCAUGGCCUCGUCAUCAACACCUCCUCCCCCACACUCUUACAGCGUACUCUGAUGCGGACUGGGCAGGAUGCCCGGACACUCGACGAUCUACCUCCGGAUACUGUGUUUAUUUGGGUGAUAAUCUGAUUUCUUGGUCCUCCAAAAGGCAGCUAACAGUUUCCAGGUCCUCUGCGGAAGCUGAAUAUCGCUCUAUGGCACACGCCGUUGCUGAAACAGUUUGGCUUCGUCAGCUCCUCGGCGAACUUCACCGACCCAUUCACCAGGCCACUAUUGUGUAUUGUGAUAAUAUCUCUGCUGUAUACAUGUCAUGUAAUCCUGUUCAGCAUCGUAGAACAAAGCAUAUAGAGAUAGACAUACACUUUGUAAGAGAGAAGGUAGCCUUAGGUGAGGUCAGAGUUCUUCAUGUUCCCACCAGUGCACACUUCGCAGACAUCUUCACCAAGGGGUUGCCGUCUGCGACCUUCGUCGACCUCCGCUCCAGUCUCAACGUCGUCCCGCCCGACGCUGACACUGCGGGGGGGUGUUAGUCAACAGACUUGGUCAGCUCAGGAGGCUCAGGAGCGCCCACGCUCCUGCCCACGAUCACCACUACGCCAACGUUGUGGAACUGGCUGCGGCCACUAUAUGUACCCCCUCUCUCUGUAUCUCAAAUCAAGCAAUGAGAAACUA